GGAAUACCCUGAUCCCUUACACGGCAGUACGACUUCCCUAUCAUCGGACCAGCUUGACAAGGCUCCGGUUUGAAGAUGGGCGCCUUCAAGAAACACCUGACUCUGUAUCUGCUGUUUGUAGGACUUCUUCCAGCCGUGCGUUCACAAGGUGGGGGAAACUGUAUGGCGGACAACGAGUGCAACUUUCCGGUGGGCGGGGCUUGUAACGGGCCUACCAAUUCCUGCGUCUGUUUCAAUGGAUACACCGGCAGCUUUUGCCAAACAGCCCCAACCACAGGCAGUAGCCCCUCGACAGCCGUAAUAAGCCCGAAUAACGCUGUCCUCCUGAUUAGCCUAGCGUCCCUGUUCUUUUGGUUUCUGAGCAAGGAGCGGUCACGCCAAGAAGAGGAUUGGAUAUUCUACUACACUCUUUACCAUCAGUAUUUGUACCAUUAGAGACAUUCUGUCAAUGACAGUCAUGAUUACCAGCUGCCUUGGGAGAACUUCCAAUGUCUUGUUAAUGUUGUUUAUUUUUACAGUUCUUAACACUGAUUUAUUUUAUCUUGUAAAUCCAUGUAAGUGACGCAAAAAAUAGACUCUGGUAUUUUUUUGUAUAAACAAAAUAUUCUGAAAUUUCACGCUAUUGUUUCCCAUUAAGUUAUUUUUCCUACUAAUUUGAAGUAAUUAGAACAUACCUUAUAAUUUAUAAAAGAACUGACUGUACAGUUUAGUAGGCUAAAUUUUUUUUGAGAACAUUUGUGAAUUGUUUAACAAAUAAAAUUUCUCCAUUUUGAAA